GCAUAACCCGGAAAUGCCGUCGGUGCUUCCAGAUUGAGAGUGCUGUUGUAGAAAAUGAGGUGUGGGUUUGUGUGAGCGAGACAUGGUGCCACCAGAAGAUGUAAAGCAGCAGAAGUAUUCGUCUUCAUCGGGCGACGGGGACGGGGAUGGAUCUUUUGUGUUCGAGGCUCACGAGGCCUGGAAGGAUUUCCACGAUUCCCUCCGACAGUUCUACGAGAACGGUGAACUGUGUGAUGUCACGCUAAAGGUUGGAAACCGACUAAUUCCAUGUCACAAACUAGUUCUAGCCUGCGUCGUUCCGUACUUCCGUGCCAUGUUCCUCUCGGACAUGGCCGAAGCCAAACAGGACCUGAUCGAGAUACGCGAUUUCGACGCUGACGCCAUCCGAGACCUGGUGAGCUUCGCCUACUCGUCGCGUCUGACGCUAACGGUGGAUAACGUUCAGCCGAUGCUGUACGCUGCGUGCAUCCUGCAGGUGGAGCUGAUCGCUCGGGCUUGUUGCGAGUACAUGAAAGCUCAUUUCCAUCCCUCCAACUGUCUGGCCGUGCGAACGUUUGCAGAGAGCCACAACAGAGUUGACUUGAUGGACAUGGCCGAUCGGUACGCGUGCGAGCAUUUCGCCGAAGUGGUGGAGUGCGAGGAUUUCGUUAGCGUUUCACCGCAGCACCUGAAAACGCUGCUGGCCUCCAGCGACCUGAACAUUCGGUCGGAAACUCAAGUGUACAACGCCGCAGUCAAGUGGCUGAAAGCGAACCCCGAGCACCACCAGGUCUGGCUGAAUCAGAUCGUUUCUCAGGUGCGUCUUCCCCUGCUGUCGGUGGAUUUCCUCACUGCCACCGUCGCUAAAGAGGAAAUGAUCAAGACCAGUUUGAACUGCAGAGACCUUAUAGAUGAAGCCCGUGAUUAUCACCUGCACCUGAGUAAUAAAAGCGUUCCUGACUUUGAGUACUCCAUCCGUACUACACCCCGCAAGCACACCGCAGGUGUGUUGUUCUGCGUCGGAGGACGGGGCGGCUCCGGUGACCCCUUCCGCAGUAUCGAGUGUUACUCCAUCAGUAAAAACAGCUGGUUCUUUGGACCUGAAAUGAACAGCAGACGCCGACAUGUGGGAGUGAUUUCAGUGGCAGGGAUGGUUUACGCUGUUGGAGGUCACGAUGGCAACGAACAUCUCGGGAACAUGGAGAUCUUUGAUCCACACACAAACAAGUGGAUGAUGAAGGCAUCUAUGAACACAAAACGGAGGGGGAUCGCACUGGCGGCUUUGGGGGGUCCCAUCUAUGCUAUCGGUGGUCUGGAUGAUAACUCGUGCUUUAAUGAUGUGGAGCGUUACGACAUAGAGUCGGAUCGCUGGAGCGCCGUGGCCCCGAUGAACACACCCAGAGGAGGCGUCGGUUCUGUGGCUCUCGGGGGUUACGUGUAUGCGGUCGGUGGAAAUGACGGUGUGGCAUCAUUGUCCAGUGUCGAGCGUUUCGACCCUCAUCUGAACAAAUGGACCGAUGUGCGGGAAAUGGGUCAGCGGCGCGCUGGGAACGGCGUCAGUGAACUCAACGGUUGCCUCUAUGUUGUUGGUGGUUUUGAUGAUAAUUCUCCAUUGAGUUCAGUGGAGCGGUUCGACCCCAGGAUGAACAGAUGGCAGUACGUGGCAGAGUUGACCACGCCGAGAGGCGGAGUCGGUGUCGCCACAGUGAUGGGCCGUGUUUUUGCAGUAGGUGGACACAAUGGCAACAUCUACCUGAAUACAGUGGAGGCCUUUGAGCCACGAACAAACAGAUGGGAGCUGGUAGGCUCGGUGUCUCACUGUCGGGCCGGCGCGGGCGUCGCCGUCUGCUCCGCUCACAUCACUCAGAUUCGAGACAUCGGACAGGGCUCCAGCAAUGUUGUGGACUGCAUGUAGUCAUAACCUAACAUCACAGCAAACAGUGGACGAUCAAGUUACUCGUGUUGUAUUUAUUUCAUGAUGAUCUUGCUCGGAUAUGAAUUUCAUUGUGUGCUUAUUGUUUUUUUAUUGUAUGAUGAUGUUUGUGUGGCAUUGCUGAAUGUGUUGCUUUUGUCUGAAGUGUUUCACUUUUGUAUACAAGGGAUUCUUGAUGGUGUUUGUUUGUGUGCGUGUGUACAAUCAUAUUGACAGAAAGAGAGAGCUGUAGCAGAACAUGUUUACUUUUUUCAGUCCGUCUUCCAGGAGAGUUUAUUUUCGGCCACACUUUAACACAUCUGCCUAUUGUUUUCAUGUUUCUUUUUUCGGUUCUGGUGUUUUUUUAUUACGUUUGGAUCGAUGCACUGCAGAAAUAUUUUGAUAUUUAUGGGCAAGAUUGAGAAGCCUUGUUUUCAUGUGUCUGAAAUGGUGAAGAAAUCCCAGAUGUUUAAUUCAAACAAGGUUUUAGCAUGUGUGUCUUAAUUUGUGUCGGUCAAAGAUGUGUGGAGGAAAAUGAAUCUCCUGCUUUUCACUGCCAAACUGAAAUAAAAGCUGAGAGAUGUUAUUCAUCUUAUUCUCUUUCCAGGAGGUUUUAUUGCAUUUGUUGUUAUAAAAGAUUUCUUUAAUCACUAAUAAUCAUUUUCUCUUUCAAAUCUUUUGAUAUUUUAUCUGUGCUGUUUUGAAACAUACAUAUAAAAUAUUUCUGGUAUUUUCUCAGUAGUUUUUUGUGCUGUGGCAUGCAAAUCUGAUCAGAAAUCAUUUUUGAAAUGUGUUGUUAUAAUAAGCAUUUGUCAUGGACAUUAAAGCAGCUAUAAAUGUCACAUGCUGUCUUUAAUGGCCACAGAUCUUUAAAUAUUCACAUCUGGAUAUUUCUGUGCCAGCUGUUUUAAAUACAAACUCAUUUUACUUUAAAUCUCAAGUGAAAGUUCUUUUAAAAUGAGUUUUUUUAUUAGACGUAUUUAUCUGUAGAAAUACUUUUUUUGUCCAUGAGAUUAUUUAUAUUAUUCAGAAUUGUUUUUAUGUUGUUAUAUUUAUAAUGAUUAAAUAAAAAGUAGCAAAUGAAAUGUUUAAUUUUUCAUUUUGUCUUACCUGUGAUACUCCAGAUUUUGACAAGUCAUAUAAAACUUGACCGUAUAUGAAACUUCUAGCUGUUUUUCUGUGAAUAUAAUUAUUUGAUUUGAUCUGUGCCAUAACACCAACUGUGCAAAAUUACCUAAACCCACAGACGAUGACAAAUAAUUUGCAUUUUAGUUUUGUAUUUGCUUUUUAAUUGUUUACUGGCCCUUUUGAAAUUGUAAAAAAGGUUAAAGAGUGACAACAUCAGAUCAAUAUAUUAAAAUAUAU